AUGCACAAAUCAAGCAAGUUUGUUGAAGGGUUAAAUAGCAUGUUGGUAGAUAGAGUAGAGUGGGGUACAAGAAUACCAAGCAUAGAAGAAUACUUGCGUGUGUCCUUGUCAACUUUUGGUGGAAAAUGCAUGGUUCUAACAUCACAAUAUGUUGUUGGAAUUCAACUUUGCAACUAUCAAAGUGAUGAUGAAAUACAAGACUUGUGCUAUUGUUCCGGCAUAGUCAUGCGGCUUCUUAAUGAUUUACAAAGUUUCAAGAGAGAACGAUCGGAUAGUAGGUUAGUGAAUAUGGUGAAAUUAGUAAUGAAGCAAAGGUCAGGAACAAUAUGCGAAGAAGAGGCUAUAAAGCAUAUAAAGGAGACAAUUGAAAGUAAUAGAAGAAAGUUGCUAAGGAUGGUUCUUCAAUCUAAAGGAAAAGGAAGCAAAGUACCACAAGCAUUGAAGGAUUUAUUUUGGAGGACAACCAAAGCGGUUUAUUUCUUUUAUUCAGAUCAUGAUGAGUAUCGAUCUCCCAACAAAGUCAAGCAUCAUAUCAAUCAAGUCAUUUACAAACCACUCCACAAUCGAUGAAUUCUUGAGAUAAUCGUAUUGAGUUUAAGAGCUGUUUUUUUAGUAUAUUCUUAUGUACUCGUAUUGGGUAAUUGAAUAUAAGGAGAAUGUGCUAGAGGGUCCGGUGUGGCGCGCCAACAGUGCACCAAAAAAGAGUUUCUGAACUUUAGGGGUUGGCGCACUGCGUCAGGAUUGGAUGCCCCCAUCCUUUUUUCGUCGUUUGCUCCGAAUAAGUCCUUUCACUCUAUACCUUUACUCACUAUUGAUUCUGACUACUCUAAACUAAACAUCUAGAAAUUAUUCAUGACAUGAAUCAUAACCUU